UAUAAAAGUGAUCGAAACUUUCUUGUUGUUGUCAAAUGGAGGUUUUAAACAGAGUUGACAGUUUAUGUGAAGAUAUUACAACAGAGUUGAAUGCACUCGGUGAAUGUAUCUAUGAAAAGUUGUCAGAUAUUUCAUGGAAAUUUGAAGAAAUCGAAUGUGUCACCUCAAAAGUUACUCUAUUCAAUGAAAAUAAACUCAUGCUUGAUGAAGCUUAUUUUCCAAAUGAAAAUGCAACGGCCAAUUCUUCUUCCACAACGACAACAACGUCAGCCUGGGACAAAGUAGCUGCAGGCGCUGCCGCAUAUGCUCACAAAACUAUAGGCAGUAAAUAUUCACAACCUGUAAGACAUUGGUUAACCAAUGCAGCUAGUACAGCAGUACAAUAUGGUCUUCUUGCUAGAUAUUCAACAGGUAUCAACGUUUGGACACCUGAAGGCAAUUGGUUUUCAGGGAAAUGGACAUCAGAGAAUACAGCAAGCGCAGAAGAGUUAAGGUGUGCUAUCGAUCCUAGUAUGUCCACACUGUGUAUCAAUGUUAUCAUAGCCGGUAUUCUGAACUAUUGUCAAUCGAAUUGUUAUACACCGAAAAAUAUGUCAAAUUAUGCCUUACAACUGUUGCAUAACGGUUCUAUGGAAAAAUUCGGGAUAUCCAAUGAAAACGACAAGCUGCUAAUUAUGGAAAUCACUAGUCAGUGGUGUUCAAGAAUUAAAAUCAUUCAACUGAUUGAAAGCGUGUUGAAAGCCUCCUGGGAUUUAAAGGCUGUUUCCUCGAUUGGUCAAUGUAGGCUACAAUUAACGCCUCAGAUUAAAGAAUAUUUUGACUUUUUACCUAUCAACUGGAAGGAUAUCCAUCCGGCUGUGUGUAUUGCGCAUAAACUUGUCAAAUCAAAUUGUAUUUAUUUUGCUGACUUUCAUCGUCAGUUAAUUGAUGUGAAAAUUCAGUUGAAUGCUAUCCAAGAAAAUCCAUUCAAGUAUCAUUGUGAUUGUAAAUAUCUAUUGAAAAAUAAUGAUAAUAAUAAUCAUGAUAAUAAUAAUAAGCCUAAGGUGGAAAACCACAAACUUCUAUUUGGUCGGUUGAUUACAUUUUUCAAGUAUGCAGAACCACACAGUCAAUUGUUUCAACAAUAUAAAUGUUUAAAUUGUAAUGGAAAAACUUGUGAAAAACAAUAUUCAGAUUAUAAUAAAAAUUGGGAAUUAAUUGUUCAACAUAUUUAUAGUAAUAAUGAAUACUCUACUUCUUCGAUGAUGACGAUUACACCUAUUGAAGAGAUAAUUAAAAAAUUACAAGAAUUAAAAUUAAUAUCAAAUAAUUUCAAAAUUGAUGAGGUAUCAGUUUCUUCUGUACGUGAGGCAUAUCAAAUUUAAAUGAUCAAUUGUCAAUUGUACAUGGAAUAUUGGACAUUGAACAGUUGAAGAAGUGUUAAUUGAAAGUUUCGAAAUUAUUAUUUUUCGCUUUGAAAAGUUAAUAUUAGAAUAAUGUUUAUUUUUUUAUAGUUAUAAUAAUGAUAAUGUGCAUUAAAAUUUUUCAAAAGAAUGGAUACUUAACAAAGAGUACUCUUUUCGAUAGCCGCUUCAUCAUUCGACUUGUUUAAAUAACAUCGAAUCAAUAAUUUUGAUAGAUUACACAUCAACAGAAAAAAACAUUAGGAAAG